AUGGCUUUACGCGCUCCAACAACACCAACGACACCGAGAUUCACUUCGGCGCCCUCCACGCCAAUCACCCCCACUGGUACCUGGAGGCACCCAGAAAUAGACAAGGUCACCAAAAGGAUCGCCGAGAAUACCUUUACCGAUGCCAGCUUCAUGGUGGUCACCUACAACAUGGCUGCUUUCGUCGCUUCGUUUGUGGCUCCCAAAUUCCUGCUCACCAAUGAGUCUGCGACCUCGUUGGCGUCCAUCUUCCCCGCGAUUGUGCUCACCUACGGCGCCUACGCUUUCUGGGGGUUGCGCCUCCUCUUUCUCUGGAACACCUACGCUAUGCUCAAGAAGCUGCUGAAGCCAGCCGAUGAGUUUACCGACAUCUCGAUGACGCCUGGACAACGUAAGCUGUUGGGCCUCAAUCCCGAUACGCCUCUCAGCGCCGCUGCCGCGUCUCCCGAAAAAUUUGCGACGCCUCCUCGUUACUCCAAGACUCCUACCUCCCGCAAUGCUACGCCAAUUCCCACGAAUACAUCGCCGACGUUGACGCGCAAGGCGGCUCCGGGUAACUCGGGCUUUGGCAACUCCUCCUUGGGCAACUCCGCCUUGGGUAACUCCGCCUUGGGUAACUCCACCUUUGGCAACUCCAGCUUGGGAAUGUCUGGAAUUUCCUCAUUCUCAAUGGACUCGCCCAGCCCAAAGCCGAUGGGCAGCCCCCUCCGUAUGGGUGGACGCCCUGUGUGGGGAUCUCCCAGGAAUGCCAGCCCCAAGACUGUCGGUAACAGUAGUGUUACUCCCAGCAACCUAUGGGCGUACGAGAAGAAUGCUUUGAACAGGAAGAGCAACGAGAUCCGGCUCUCUCCCAGCAAGCCCGCCCUCUUUUAA